AUGGAGUCCUCGCCGCUUGCCGUCAUGCAGCCGCCGCCCUCGCCUGGGCUCUGGGGUUACAGACGCGACCUUGCUUCGACACGGCCCCGGUAUAACUCCCUUAAUCCGAAUAGCUUUAAUUUCAAGGAUUUGAGCAUGAAGAAAUCGGGUUCGGAUUACUUUGGGACCAAGGCUGCAAGGGGCUCGUCGCCGACAGUCAGUCUGGCAGCUGACUUGGCCCAAAACUUCACCAUUGAUCAGAGUCCCCAGCUGCCCACCCCUCGCCGAUCGCUGUUCACGUCAAACAUCUUCCAGCGGGCAGAGGACAAGGAAGGCGCUACCACCCCUCCGAUGUGGGAAAGAAUAACCACCCCGCCGAUCAACUCGUCCUCGCCAGGCUUCGGCGAUAACAUGGACAUCUCGCCUCUUCCCCACAAGCCUGCCUUCGGAGGCGCGUCAACCCGGGUCACGGUGCAGUCGCCGACGCCUGAGCCACCUGAGAGCAGGAUGGGAUGCUCUCCUACAUCCAAUCCGCUCCUUGACAGCCCAAUGCCCCCGCCAGACCGCAAGAAGUUGCCGUUCCCUGGCCGUCCCUCCCUUAACCGUCACAAAGCCUUCUCUUCCAACACGCUUAACAUGCAGUCGAAAGAGAACCAGGUGCCAUUCAAGUUUAACACAAGCAAUGGCAAGGAUUCGACGGAUCAGGAUGCAUUGGGCAAGUGCUUCAAGCAAUCUCCCGUCCAGGACCGUAAGUUUGCCAGCUUGCAGGGUGGGUUGCGCCCCCGGUCUGCCAACAUACCCUUGUUCAACAACAGCAACAACAACAACCGCUGCAACGGUUCCCCUGUUCCCGGUGUGAGGAAAACUUCAGCCGUUCGCCCUCGGAAGCAGUUCAGAAGAGCUAUGAGCAUGUUCGAGAACACUGAGGACUUCAUGAAAUCUGACUCAAAGAAGCAUGCUCCCAGUGGGCUGGCUGCGAUUGUGGAUGUUGAGGAAACUCCUCAGCUUCAUCUCCCCACUCUGCCUUCCAACGGCGAGCCUAACAGCUUACCCCGCAUUGACAGCGGCACCCUGGUUGAUGUUCUCAACGGUGACUAUGCUCACAUCUACGAUGACACUGUGAUCAUUGACUGCCGUUUUGAGUAUGAGUAUGAAGGUGGUCAUAUCGAUGGUGCCGUGAACUACUGUGAGCGUGAGUCGCUUGCGGAUAAGUUGUUCGACCCCUAUACCGACAUAGACCCGUCCUCGACCAAGAAGACAUUGUUGGUUUUCCACUGCGAGUAUUCAGAGCUUCGCGCUCCUCGAAUGGCCGAGUUCAUUCGGAGCCGCGACCGCACGGUUAAUGAGGACCACUACCCAAGGCUGACCUACCCCGAGGUGUAUAUUCUUCACGGAGGUUAUUCCUCUUUCUUCGACCAGUACAAAUGCCGUUGCUAUCCGCAAGACUAUCUCCGUAUGGAGUCUGAAGAACAUGAGCAAGCCUGUGAAGCGGGUUUGCACAAACUCAAACAACGCGCCAAGUUGAGCAGAGCCCAGACUUUUGCAUUUGGGCAAGAUGUCCAGAUGGAGGACAGUCCCACUGCGCCAACCAGGUCAAAGUCCACUGGCUUCGUCCACAUGGACUCGUCUGAUGACUUGAACAAUCAUGGGAGCCGCACGCAUGCGCGUAGGAUGGCUUCAUACUAA